AUGUAUUACCGACACUUUAAGAAUAACAGGACAGCAGUUGAAUAUCGUUCAAAGAUGAUAGCUAACAUUGUAGACUCUUUGUUCAGGCCUCUCAAAGUACGUAUAGCUCUGACUGCAGUUGAAACUUGGACCCAAAAGGAUAAAAUAGUGGUUGACUCAGACUCUGACAAGAGUUUGCAAUACUUUAUGAAAUACAGAAAUUCAGAAUUGGUCAAAAAUUACAAACAUGACAAUGCACAGCUGCUGACCUCUGGUGGUGUUGUCCAGGAUCAUUCUGUCAGUGCUGCAGCUACAGCAGCAAUCUUAGCUCAUGAAAUGGGUCACAACUUUGGCUUUCUUCAUGAUGAGGACAUUGAAGGUUGUAAAUGUGAUGCACCUGCUGCUGAUCAAGGAUGCAUUAUGUCUGCUGUGGCAAAGUAUGUCUUUUUUUUCUUCAUUAAGGCAGAUAUAGAAAGUAGUUUUAGACAAGAGGUACAAAGCUACCAGUUUGUCUCACCGCGGUUAAGCUUUAAUCAACAAGGCCGAUGGAGAAGAACAAGAGAUACUUCAACGAAAUCAAGUUCGGAGUGUGAGAGGUACAGUGAUAGCUGUUGUAAUGCCACCACCUGCAAGCUUCAUCCUACUUCUGAAUGUGAUUCUGGCCCAUGCUGUGACAAAUGUAAAGUUAAGCCUCAAGGUUCUCUCUGUCGAGACAAGGUCAAUGAAUGUGAUUUACCAGAAGUUUGCACUGGAAAAUCAGAAUUGUGUCCCAUCAAUAAAUAUGUGCAGGAUGGUACAACUUGUGCCAAUGGAGAGUAUUUUGUUUGUAGAAGUGCUGCCGUUAGUCUUGGCCCAGACAUUCCCGAUCCCGGUGAAACUUCAGAAGGAACAAAAUGUGGAGAGAAUAAGCUUUGCAUUGAGCGAAAAUGUGUCAGCAUAGACGCGUUAAAUGCUAAGAACAAACCGUGUCCAAACAACUGCUCAGGUGAAAAUGGGAUUUGUAACAACGAGUCAGAGUGUUUCUGUCUUGGUUGCUGGACAGGAGCAGACUGUAGUGUUUGGGUGGAGUGUAGAACAGAAGGGACUGCACAACCUCUGGCAGAGCGAAGCAAGAUAGCAGGGAUUUUGAUUUUGGUGUUCAUUUUAAUUUUCCUGAUCGUUGGUGCUGUUUUUGCUUUUAUUUACCGGGAGCAAUUGAAAGAGAAAUGGCGAACAUUCAAGCAAAAGGCCCCCGGCAGUAAAAGAUAUCAAGAUCUGUCCCGGGCUUCUCUUAAGCAAACCAGGGAUCGUAAUGGAGCAAGAGCUGUAGCAACCACAAAUUCUGAACCCCCAAAACUAAGACCCAAUAUAUCGGGACCUAAACUCCAAAGUUCCACCCGAAAGGAGCCUACCGUUAAUGUAACGCCUAAUCCGCUGGGGACAAGUAGAUUCAUAGCCGCUAAAGAAGAACAACCGACCUCUCAGCCUGCAGUGGUCUUCAAGCCUAACCCACCGAAACCGGAACUACCUAAACCCCCUGUUGUAGAGAAGGAGAAGCGUCCUCCCAACCUUCCGCCUGUCAAACUUCGAAAUCGAGAGUGGCCACCCAAAGGUGAUAAGACAGCCUCAUUAAAUCGCGCCUCCAGUCCCCCGUCGGUAACGGAACCAACCAGACCGGUAAAACCUGUGAAACCUCCGAGACCAGAAAGUCACGGGGGUAUUUUAGAUAAACCAUCUGUCCCUCCCCACCCUGGUGUAAAGGCUCCGAGAGAAUGGCCCCCUCGCGACAAGAAGAACGAAACGCAGUCAAACCCAGCCCAAGCAUCCAAAGUACCUGCAAGUCAACCGACCGUUCCACCUAGGCCAGUUCCGAAAGCUGUAAAAGGACCGUCAGAAGAAAGACCUUCUUCUCUUCCACUGAAACCGUCCGAUAUCAAAAAGGGCCUUGGAACCGGAAACGAUAGGCCUAUUUCAGCUUCAAAUCCUGUAGGCCCUAAAAAGGUUCCUCUUAAGCCCCCUGGACCCAUUCCAAGGCGUCCUGGAACAAAGCCGGCGUGAAUCAUGGGAUUUCGCUAUCGCAUGGUGUACGUAGACAGACAAUUCGUAUAAUAAAGUUAUGACGAACAAGAAAGUAUUAAAUUAAUUAUUCAUCGUAAAGCGAACUGCUUUUGUUAUGAAGUGAACUAAUGAUACAAUGUGCUAAUUAAACCAAAGUAAACCAAGAUACUUGAAUGCAACAAAGCUCGGUCGAUGUUUCAAAUAAGGUGUCAAGGUGUGGUAAUCCCUCUCUAGAAAACAUUUCACUUCUUUUCCAGGAAAAGACUAGGUAGUUAAAGUUUUUCAUCCAAGGAGAGGAAUGUGUUUCUUAUUUAUUGGUUUUUGUAGUACUAUUUUACAUGUUUUUUUGCCACAUUUUUCCGCCGGGUCGGUUGUCCAGUACUUAAACACCGAAACAAGGAACAAGAAAAAUAAUUCAAGUACUUAAGAAUUUUUUUUGAAUUGGGUUCUUCUGUUGUAUCUGUGUCGUUGUGAAUGUUCCAGUUGCCUCUAACACAACCUGUUAAACCUUAGUUCUUAAAUACAGUCUUCUUUUCGCACAUGGCUCAAAAUUCAGUGCUUGAUCUUAACCUGAAAAGAUAAAAAGAUAGUCUCGAACAAGAACAACUUGGUUCUACCAAUGAAGUCGUAGAAAUGUCAUUUUUUGUUGUGCUGUUCAAGACUACUUUUUAAGGACAAAACUUAAUUGGUUUGUUAAUUGUCACUGGCCGAGGCGGUUGACUUGAACAAAACGCUUGAUUAUUCUAGGAAUCGUACUAAAAGUUAUCAAGAACGGAACACUCUCCCUAACUUCACGGGUCUGAUGAUCAGUCCCAAACGCUCGCACCAAUCUCUAAGCGUUUGAUCAGUCCCAAACGCUCGCACCAAUCUCUAAGCGUUUCAUAUGCGGUUCUCAACAACGCUGUUACACCUAUGUUCUAUACAUUGAAGUGUGAAGUAUAUAUACAUUUUUUUCUAUUUUGGUACGUUUUAUUAUUCUUUAUAUUACUGUAGGUGAAUUUUAUAUUGCAUUUUUAAACGCAUCUUUUUUUUUUAAUUUAGGGUUAUUUUAAAAUUACUUUCCUUUUAACAUGGUUGGCUGAGUUGGGAUACAGUUCUUUUAAAAGAAUGGUAUUUAAGUAAUUGCAUACAUUUGUUCAUUUUAAUCAUAGUUUUUAUCCAUUGUUUCAGUUUCUAAACAUAUGAGAACGCGGUGCUUCAUUGAAUACGCAUGUCUGUGGAAAUUAUAAUAACACGAAAACUUUACGUUAAGCUGAUUAAAGUUGAAAAUGUCAAAAGUG